UUGAGGUUAUGCGCCAUAUUGCCAGUCUCCUCCAUCUCACCAAACACCGAGCAUGCACUUCUUACACCGGUUAUAGAGGAGAUAUCUUUCAAUAUUUACAGUGACCUGCGAGCUGAAACGCAACAUCAUGGAGGCCGUCAAAGCCUUUAACAACGAGCUGUACACAUUGACUGAGUACAAGCCACCCAUCUCUAAAGCCAAGAUGACUCAGAUCACCAAGUCUGGAAUCAAGGCUAUAAAAUUCUACAAGCAUGUUGUCCAGAGUGUAGAGAAGUUCAUUCAGAAGUGCAAGGCAGAAUACAAAGUCCCUGGGCUGUAUGUCAUCGACUCCAUUGUCAGACAAUCACGCCACCAGUUUGGGACAGAGAAGGAUGUUUUUGCUCCACGCUUCAGCAAGAACAUCAUUACAACGUUCCAGCACCUCUAUCGCUGCCCUCCAGAUGACAAGAGUAAGAUAGUGCGAGUCCUGAAUCUGUGGCAGAAGAAUGCCGUCUUCAAGAGUGACAUCAUCCAACCUCUGUUGGACAUGGCUGCAGGGAUUCCUCCUCCCAGUGCUACUCCUGUCCUGCCCAGCAGUGCUGCACAGAUCAAUAACACUACACCUGGCACCCCAGCUACACCCGCCACUCCAGCAAAUAUAGUCCAGAGUCUGCCUGACUGGGCGUCACAGAUCACAAACACAGAUACUGUGGCUGCUGUUGCACAAAUCCUACAGAGUCCCCAGGGACAACAGCUUCAGCAACUGGUCCAGAGUCUGCAGAUGCAGCAGCAGAAGCCCCAGCCAUCCCUGCUGCAGGCCUUGGAUGCUGGCCUGGUUGUACAAUUACAAGCUCUGACUGCUCAGCUCACUGCUGCUGCUACUGCCAACAGCCUGAACCCCCUGGAGCAAAGAGUCUCAUCCUUUAAUAAGAAACUAUUGGGUCCUUUUGACUUUGGGAAUGAUUCAGAACGCAGUGAUGAAUCUAAAAAGGACUCAUCAUCUUCUCAGCUGCCCAUGGUGUCUGAGCCUAUUAACAGCUCACUCUUUCAUCAACUGGCUGAGCAACUCCAACAGCAAAACCUGGAGCAGUUUCAGAAGCAGCUGCUAGAGCACCAGCAGAAGGCCAUGAACAUAGAAGGGCAGGAGUCGAUCUUUGGGCAGGAAAACUCUGUGGCAACUGCUCAGACCAGCGCUCAGCCACAGCUUCCUGAGCCAGAGAGUAAGAUGGAUGACUCCAUAGACAACCAACAGCAGGAUAUGGAUCUGGAUGAGGGCCCUGAAGGAAUGGAGGAGGAGAUCUUUGAAGCAGACGAGAAGAAGACCUUAAGCACACGUUCCCAGACACGUUCUAGGUCACGCUCUAGAUCUCCCAAACGUAGAAGGUCCAGGUCCCGCUCCGGCUCACGGAAACGUAAACAUCGCAAGCGAUCUCGCUCUCGCUCCAGAGAUCGGAAGAGGAAGUCGUCGCGGUCUUACUCCAGUGAAAGACGGGCCCGGGAACGCGAGAAGGAGCGGCAGAAGAAAGGAUUACCACCUAUACGAUCCAAGACUCUUAGUGUGUGCAGCACAACACUGUGGGUGGGCCAGGUGGACAAAAAGGCCACCCAGCAAGACCUUACCAAUCUGUUCGAAGAGUUUGGCCAGAUUGAGUCCAUCAAUAUGAUCCCUCCUAGAGGCUGCGCCUACAUCUGUAUGGUUCACAGACAGGACGCAUACCGCGCUCUUCAGAAACUCAGCACUGGCUCCUUUAAGAUCGGCUCCAAGAUCAUCAAGAUUGCAUGGGCUCUGAACAAAGGUGUAAAGCAAGAGUACAAGCAGUUUUGGGAUGCAGACCUGGGUGUCACCUACAUACCAUGGGAAAAGGUCAAGAUGGAUGACCUGGAUGUCUUUGCUGAAGGAGGAAUCAUUGAUCAAGAAACUGUCAAUGAUGAGUGGGAGACAACUAAGACUUCUGAACCACCCAAGGAAGUUCCAAGUCAGGCAGUUAGUUCUGAGGCCACAGUUGUAUCUAAUGCCCAAACCGAGACGUACAACCAGCAGGUUACCAUGAUGCCUGUACAGCUGCCUGUGGCCCAGGCAGUUUCUGGUGCCAUGGGUUUGGUGCCCCCUACGUUUCCUGUGACGAUGGGCAUACCUCCACCAGGCUACGGACCACCUCCACCAUUUUUAAGACCUGGUUUCAAUGCGUCUCAGCCUCCACCAGGGUUUAUGCAGGCACCACAUACAGCAGGAAUAGCCUCCGCAACUACAUCUCUAGUGCAGCCUUCAGUGGCUUCCAGCCAAGAUGCUGUGAUGCCUCCAACUAGCUCCAUCCCUGGCAGCUUCCUGCCUUCGGCAAUCCCAGGAGCUGGUGUGUUUACUCCUGUGGGAGUCCAAAAUCAGACCAACAGUGAGAAAAUUCCACCGUCUGGAGAGGGCAUGGAUGCUGCAGCAGAGCUCACACUACAAGGCAUGCAGAAUGCAGUCCGCAGUGGAAUGGGUCUCCUUGGAAUGCAUCCCUCAGCUUCACUACCCCAUCCACUGCAUCAGACGGGUUUGAGUGCACCAAGAAUGCCCGGCCUGUUGCCCAUAGAUGUUCGAACCAACCUUCUUCAACCUGGGGCUGCCCGUUUCCCGCUUCUCAUGCAGCAGGGACCUCCUCAACAAGCAGCUGGCCUCCUUGACAAUUCCCUUCAUCCCCGUCCCAGGGCUCCCUUCCCUCAGAUGGACCCAUUCAACAGAGCCCCUAACCUCCCCAACGAAAAUGUCUCCAAAACAGAAGAUGAGUCCUCCUCUGGUGCUGAUGAGGGCAAAGAUCAAGACUACCGCUUCCCUCCUAUGGAAAAGCCAAGCACAGGGCUUCUGCCGACCCCUCCACCAGAGCAUAGGGAACCUGUUGGAGGUGGUGGAGGGGUUCCAGGAGGAGGGAGACCUCCACUGCUUCAGACACCUGGAACUCAAGCACCAAGAUCCAGCUUAGCGGGGCGUUUGCAGGCUUUGGCAGGAUUCACUCCUGAUAACCGCUGGAACCAAAGUAAAGGGGACUUUGAUGAGCGAGAUGGCAUACGAGCAGGACCACAGCCCCCAGGUGGUCCAAAAGGCUUUCAGGAUGAGCGGCCCCCUCCCGGGCAGAACUUCCCGAACCGCUUUGAUAACCGACAAGGAGUUACAGGGGGACCGACAGGUGUAAAUGCUGGACCUGUUGGGGGCCCGCAACCUUGGAACCGCGGGGGUGGACCCACACCUCCUUUCAGUAGUGAACAUCAUAAAGAUCUAGAUGACCGAAGACGUCCAUGGGAGAGACAAAGAGACAGAGAUGAACGAGAUUUUGACUUCAGGAGAGACGUGAACGGUAACCGGCACAACCGCGAGAGAGAGCGGGAACGAGGCAGAGAGCGCCCCAGGGAGUCUGAACGUGACAGAGACCAUGACAAGGAGAAAGAGCGUGGUGGCUGGACGCCUCUUCUCCCACUACCUACACCACUUCUUCCUACUCCUCCUCUUAAUCCCAACAUGGCACUUAAUCAAGGAAAACUUCUUGCUCCACUUAAAUUAAACCCCCAGGUUCCAUCACUUUUCCAGUCAUCCCUUUUGCAUCAAGGUCAGGCCAAACUCCCUCUCCUGAGUCAGCCACCCCCUCAGGUUCAGAUAAGGCCUCCUCCUGCAUCACAGAACCCACCACCUGUUUCUGGGAACCGGAGGGAAACCCAAGGUCCUGCUGAAAUACCUCAGGCAAAGUCCCCCUCUGCUGGCUCCCCCCACCAGUCAUCUGACAGCAAGACUCCAAGAACGUUAUCCGAACCCCCCACUCAGUCUGAAGUGUCACAGCCUGAGGGCCCCCCACAAGUGCAAUCGCCACCUCAGCCCAUUGCCCAGGUACCCACAGAGAGCAUUGAUUCCCCAGACACUAAGAGGCCACACCAUGACUCACCUUUGGGCUUCUCACAAGCUGACAACCCCCAAAAAGAUUGGCCUCACUCUACAGAGAAGCAGGAAGAGCCACAGAAGCAAGAAAUGGGGGGACCAGAGAGGUCCCCCACAACUGAACCCCAGUGGGUUAAUGGACCUGGUCAGGACAGUGUCGAUAUGGCUGAGCCCACACCCGAGGCCUCCCCUGAGCCCGAGUCCACCCCAGGUCCAGGCCCUGCCUCUGAUUCUUCGCAGCCUCAAAGUGAAACGCAGCCACGGCAGGAGCAACUGUCGUCUCCUAAGGACCUAAACAAUGAACAGAAUGAGCCCCAGGAGGACGCUCCAAGUCAGCCAGUGGUAGACACUGUCACAGACACUGAGGGGACAUAAUCAUCACUCAGUAGGUAAAAGAUCAUUUUGUAAAGUUGUCUCUUCUUCUCUGUACUCAUGUCAGCAAACUACCACCACAGCACCGGACAUGACGAAUAUUGACUCACACCAGUUGUUGUCUGAUAAUCAACAACAAAAGAUUUUUUCUCUGACAAAUACCAGUGUACUUGUAUAGACGGCUUAUCAGGUGAUUUAUGGAUAGAUUUAUUUUGUAUUUUAUUUCCUUUUUUUCAGUUGUAAAGCCACGCCAACCUUUUUAAUUAAUAUAAGCUUGGUAAGUUUUAUUCAAUUGCCUGCCAAAAUGUUUCAAUUGUAUAUUGGGAAAUUUAGCUUUGACCUUCCUAUAGAAGACAGUGGGAAAUCCAGGUCGUUCAACAAUGAAUUGACUGCAGAAUAAGAGAUACAUGAAAACAGCAGCUGCUCGCCCAAUCUGUCUCCUCUGUUAAACGGAUGCUGCAAAAUUUUAAAACAAAUGCUUUUAUGGUGUUUGAUGAAGAUUUCUGCGUCUAAGCAGGACUAAUUGCCUACAUAAAAUCAAAGCGUAAAAAGCUGCUUUUAUUUGAGGGGGGGAGGGCAAUUUUUACUUUGAAUUAAAAAAAACAAAAAGUCUAACUGUUUGACCUCCUAAAUUUGAGAACAGUCUGUAAUUUGUUUCUAAUAAUUCAACGACAGCAGAAAAAUCACAUCCUAAUGGGGAGAAAAAGAAAAUAAACAGAGCGAUGUUCUGAUGUUGGGGUGCAUAUUGUUUUAGUUUGAAAUAAACCUGCUCUUUCUGUUCAAAACACUUGCUUUAGGACUGUUUUCUGAUCCAGGACCAGUGGAAAAAUAAGACUGCUUUGCUUUUCAGACUCGUACACACUGUGUGCUGUGACUUCAGUCGAUUUGAUGAUCUCAAGUUGCUGCUAUACCAUCCAUCCACAGAGCACUUUGUUGGAUGCAACCGUGGGACUUUUAGAUUUGAGCUUCUGAUGAUUUCAGCCUGUAUGUUUGCCUAAGCUUUCGCUGGGUGACUGUUGAUUAUGGCUCUGUGCCUUUUCUGAAUGGAUUUGUAGUUUACGAUGCUACCCAACACCUCUGUGUGAUGUACACCAGACUGUGCGUGCAACUCUGUUUCAGAGGGCUUUCUGAAAAGAACGGCACCCGCACAGAACUGACUUAUCUGCCGAUUGAAUGGUAGCUGCACAGUUUGUACAGCACUCACCUGUGCAUGCAGGCCUCCUGUAGCCAUGUUUUUAACCCCUCUUGUCUCUCUUCAUUUCAUACUUGUAGUGGUUUUCUGUUGACACAUGCUACCAGAAGUCUAUAGUCUGCUGUUCCUCUCAGACCAAAUGUCUACUACAGGAGUUGUGAUGUUGAAUAAAAAUUGAAGGUGCAUCAGA